GUCAGUACCUUCCAGUUACUGCGGUCAAUACCACGGCACAGCUCACAGCCCUCCGCCAGCAGAUGCACGUCCAGAAUCUUUCUGCCUACAUCAUCCCCGAAACGGAUGCCCACAUGAGUGAGUACAUCGGCAAUCGCGACAAGAGGCGUGCGUGGAUUACGGGCUUUACAGGGUCUGCAGGAACUGCAGUGGUGACCAUGGGGAAGGCAGGUCUCUGGACCGACAGUCGUUACUGGACCCAGGCUGAGCGGCAGAUGGACUGCAACUGGGAGCUACAUAAAGAAGUUGACAUAGCUUCCAUCACCACCUGGCUCCUCACUGAGGUUCCUGCCGGAGGGAGUGUGGGCUUCGACCCCUUUCUCUUCUCCAUUGGUUCCUGGGAGAGUUAUGACAUGGCCCUCAAAAACUCUAACAUACAACUGGUGCCCAUCACAGACAACCUUGUGGACCUGGCGUGGGGGUCACAGAAGCCUCUGGUUCCAAGCCAGCCCAUUUAUGCCCUGCAGGACGCAUUCACAGGGAGCCCCUGGCAGGAGAAGGUAGCUGGCAUCCGCAGCCAGAUGCAGAAGCAUCGCAAGGGCCCAACUGCCGUCCUUCUGUCGGCACUCGAUGAGACAGCCUGGCUCUUCAACCUCCGUGGCAGUGACAUCCCUUAUAACCCCUUCUUCUAUUCCUACACACUGCUCACAGACUCCUCUAUCAGGUUAUUUGUAAACAAGAGUUGCCUUGACUCUGAGACCCGGAAGUACCUGAACUCCAGCUGCACGGGCUCCAUGUGUGUGCAACUCGAAGAUUACAGCCAGGCCCGCAGCAGUGUCCAGACCUACGCCUCCGGAGACGUGAAGAUCUGGAUCGGGACCAGCUAUACUACAUACGGGCUCUACGAAGUGAUACCUACGGAGAAGCUCAUAGGAGACACCUACUCCCCAGUGAUGGUGACCAAGGCGGUGAAAAACAGCAAGGAGCAGGCCCUCCUCAGGGCCAGCCAUGUAAGUCACGGGCAGGCGGCCUAGCCUGUUGGGAACUCCUGGUCUGAUGAGUUAG